AUGUUGAAUGCGAGCAUCGUACCAUCGCCGAUGGCGGACAUCCGCGCCAAGAUGGAAGUGGAUGAGAUCGUCAUGAACCUCUCCAAAACGGAAGUGAUAAUGGAGUCGAUCGGGAGCUUUCUGAACUUUUACUACACUCCGCUCCUAGUGGUAUUCGGCAGCAUCGGCAACAUCCUUUCCGUGCUGGCAUUCUUCAACACGAAGCUGCGAAAGUUGUCCUCUUCGUACUACUUGGCCGCACUCAGCAUCAGCGACACGUGUUAUUUGGUGGGGUUGUUCGUAGCCUGGCUAAACCUGGUCGAUUUGAAGAUCUACACCCAGGAGAUCUGUUGUCGGUUCUUCACGUUCUCCAGCACGAUGUGCUGCUUCCUGUCGGUGUGGUUCGUGGUCGCCUUUACUGUCGAACGGUUCAUCGUCGUACUGUAUCCGUUGAGACGCCAAACGAUGUGUACCGUGCGCCGGGCCAAGAUCGUCAUCCUCGGACUAACAAUCACUGGAAUUUUCUACAGUUUACCAAUCUUUUUUUAUGCCUCGCCACAGUUCUCCCCGUUUAUGAACGAUACAAUCUGCGACAUCGUGCUGGAGUACAAAGAUCAAGCGGCGAUUUUUCACUUUCUGGACUUUAUACUGGUGUUUGUGGUUCCAUUCACGAUAAUCGUCGUGUUGAAUACGAUCACGGCGCUGACCGUGUGGAAAUUCGCCAGCAUCCGGCGCACAAUGACCAUUCCUCGCGGUUAUGGUGCAAACGUGCGCGAAUCCCGUCGACAGCUGAACAUAUCGAACAGCCAGCUUUUCGGAAAUGGGGCCGUGUCCGUCCAACAGAUACAACUCUGCAGUCGCGGCCGAGUAGGGAACUCGCAAAUCAAGGUUACCAAAAUGCUGCUUAUCGUGUCGACCGUGUUUGUUUGUCUUAACCUCCCGAGCUACAUAAUACGAGUGAAGAUAUACCUCGAGACGGAUCACACAAACCUCAACAUGAAUCUGAUAUACCAGAUUCAAAAUUGUUUUCAACUGUUUUUCAUGACGAACUUCGGUAUCAACUUCAUACUGUACUGCGUGAGUGGGCAGAAUUUCCGGAAAGCGAUAUUUGAAAUGUUUCAAAAGCGCAGUCAGCGGCAUAUAAAUCUUGAGCACACUUCCGGUACGCAGGUUACAGAGUUCGUCCUGCGCUCCAACGGCUCCAAGAUGCGAAGAAAUACAACCAUAUCGGACACCGCAGACGCGUCAACUUGGCGGGAACUUGCCGACUAUGAGAUUACAAAUUUCAUUAAGUAGUAGGGUUCGU